AUGCUCGAUUCGAAGACCAAGGCUACUGCGUCUGGCGGCAAACACAACAUGUUCAACUUUAAGAUGUCUACCUCUUUCAAAAAGGUCUCUGGCAGCUCAUGGAAGAUCAGGUACGGCGACGGAUCAACUGCCUCUGGUGUGGUCGGCACAGACAGUGUCACAUUGGGCGGUCUUUGCAUUGAAAACCAAGCCAUUGAACUUGCUACCAAGCUCUCUGCUCAGUUUACGAAGAGCGCAGGCGAUGGCCUCCUCGGCCUUGCAUUUGGAAAGAUCAAUAGUGUAAAGCCCAAAGCAGUUGCCACGCCUGUUGAGAACAUGAUCUAUCAGGAUGAUAUCCACAAAGACCAAGAACUCUUCACCUGCUAUCUCGGCUCGUGGCGCGACAAACAAGAUGCAGACAAAGGUGAAUCCUUCUACACAUUUGGCUAUAUCGACCAAGAGGUUCUCGAUCGCUGCGGCGUCAAAGAGCCCUACUACGUCGGGAUCGAUACAUCCAAAGGAUUCUGGCAGUUCGCCUCACCUUCUGCCUCCAUCAACGGCAAGAUCAUCGACCGGGGUGCCAACACGGCUAUUGCUGAUACAGGAACUACACUCGCGCUGGUUAGUGAUGACCUGUGUAAGCAGAUCUAUGAAGCUAUUCCGGGUGCAAAGUUCGACGAGAAGAAUCAAGGCUGGAUCUUCCCUAUCGGAACCCCUUUGGACAAGCUUCCCAGAGUCACCUUUGCGGUUAGUGACAAGCAAUUUGAAGUCCAGAAGGAGGAUCUCGGUUUCGCAAGAGUAGGGAACGGUAUGCAAUAUGGCGGGAUUCAGUCCAGAGGAAACUCAAGAUUCGAUAUCCUGGGUGAUACGUGGUUGAAGGCUGUCUACGCCAUCUUUGAUCAAGGUAACAAGCGGUUUGGUGUUGUGCAGAGAGUCGAGGAGCAACAGAAUACGGCGGCGGCGCCUAGUGGCGGUAGGCAUUAG